UUGGCCGACCCAAACAGAAUGAAGCAUCAUUUUUUGCUUUUUUUCCACUAAUCAGCUUUUCACGUUUGUGCCACUUUCCCAUUUUCAAUUAUUAUUUUAUACACAACCCUUUCCCUUCACCAUUUGUCUUCAAAUUACGUUUUUUUUUUUUGCCUACUAAACCAAACCUCAUUCGACCAAAAGCUUAAGGUUCGUGUACCUUAAUUAACCAAUAAUAAGGUAUUUUUCUCUCUUCCAACAUUUGACUUUGUCCAUUCAUUUACAUUGUUGCCGCUUAUUUGACUUCACAACUUAUAUAUUCAUAUCUCCUUCUGCUAUAUAUAAUGCUUAUGAUUAAUUGAUUAUAUCAUUAUCUUAAUUAUAAUUAUAAUCUUGUGUGUUAUUUUGGAUCUUUUCAAAUUUUAUGAUGAUGAGGAUUGGAUUUCAGUUUUUGAUUCUUGUGUUGAUAAUUUCUACAACAGUGAGAGAUAGAAUGGCCACAGCAGAUAAUGCAUACACUCUUGAUACAGUGAGGGAGGCUUUGGUUAGACAAGAAGAUACAAUUGUUUUUGGUCUUAUUGAGAGAGCAAAGUUUCCUUUUAAUUCUCAAACUUAUGAUCAGAAAUAUCUUGAAAUUCCUGGUUUUUGUGGCUCAUUGAUUGAGUUUGUUGUCAAAGACACUGAGAUUGUUCAAGCUAAGGCUGGAAGAUAUGAAAACCCUGAAGAGAAUGCUUUCUUUCCGGAAAAUUUACUAUCAUCACUUGUGCCAUCUUACCCUUUCACAAAGAUUUUGCAUCCUGGAGCCGCUUCGAUUAACAUAAACAAGUCCAUAUGGAAAAUAUACUUUCAAGACUUGCUUCCGUUGUUUGUUAGUUCCGGCGAUGAUGGCAACUAUGCACAAACUGCUGCUAGUGAUCUCUCAUUGUUGCAGGCUAUCUCUAAAAGAGUUCAUUAUGGAAAGUUUGUAGCUGAAGUGAAAUUCAGGGAAUCUCCUCAAGACUAUGAGCCUUUAAUUCAUGCUAAGGACAAAGAAGGGUUGAUGAAAUUGUUGACAUUUAAGAGUGUUGAAGAGAUGGUGAAGAAGAGAGUUGAAAAGAAGGCAACAUUGUUUGGGCAGGGAAUAAGUCUUAACAGCAGCGAUGACAACAAUGGUAAACAAAAGUUUGAUCCAUCAGUGGCUUCUAAAUUGUAUGAGAAAUGGGUAAUACCUCUUACUAAGGAGGUUCAGGUCGAGUAUCUGUUGCAGCGUCUCGAUUGAUUGAUGACAUUAUUAUUAUUUCAAUGUAAUUUUAAGAAAGGAACACAUGACAUCAUUGUUCAAAAGCAUCCUUCAUUGCUAAUUUAUUGUGACAUAUGAUUAAAAAAAUAAUAUUUGAUUAAACUAUUAUUCGAUACUAUACUUUGAUUAAACUUGAAUAUCUAGUUAACAUGCAUCAUGUUGUUGGUGCAGACACUUUGCAAUGCAUGUGGACUUAGAUUGGCAAGGUUGGAAAAAGCAGCUGCUAAAGAAGAUUGUGGAAAGAACAAGACUCGUGUUAAUUCUACCGGUUUAUCAUCUGCUUCUACUGGCUCACCAUUGAGAAAGUGAAGAAGCCUUGAUGGUUUUGCAUUAGAUUUGAGGAACAACUGAGGUGGCAUGCAUGCAAUACUUCGCAUGGAUUUAUCUUUCAUUAAAUAAAACCACCGGAUAAAUCCAUGAGAAGUACUGCAGGCACGCCACCUCAGUUAUUCCUCAAAUCUAAUGCAAAACUAUCAAGGCUUCUUCACUUCCUCAGAUGGUGAGCCGGUAGAAGCAGAUGAUGAGCCAGUAGAAUUAGCAGGAGACUUGUUCUUUCCACAAUCUUCUUUAGCAGCUGCCUUUUUCAACCUUGCCAAUCUUAAUCCACAAGCAUUGCAAAGGGUCUAAACCAACAACAUGUUGCAUGUUAAAUAGAUAUUCAAAUUUAAUCAUAAUAUAUACUAUGGAAUAAUACUGUAGCAGAGAAUAGUGUAAUGAAGGGGAGAAAUUUUAUAGUGAGGAAGGGAAGGGAGAGGAGGAAAUUAAAAUGGAUGGGAAUGUUAACUUAUAUUUUAAUAAUUCUGUAAAGUUGUAUGUGACAUUUAAUAUAAGAUUAUUUGUCAAUUAUAAACAAAUUUUCUUUUACUUUCA